AUGACUGACAUCAACGGCUCAAGAUCUAUGGAGCCAAACCAAAACGCAGCCAGUGAGGUCAAUCAGAGUUCCAAAUUGACAAUGGACAAUGUUCAGAUCCCCUCAGAUAGGGCUAUAAAUGGGAUAUCUUUCGAUGAGACUGGAGUAUCAUCCACACCUGAUCCAGUGACCAGUGGUAUCAACAGAGCUCGGGGAGGGGCCCAAUCACCACCCAUUUUGUCAUCCGCUCAACCAUCUGUGAGACGUAGUCUCUCAUUAUCCCAGCAUCCAGCAGCCCCGUUUACCGAGAUUGUGGAUACAAAUCUGCACACAAAAAGCCUCGAGUUCUACGGCGCCUCUUCUUCCGUGGCUUUCCUUCGACACGUCGAUGAUAUAUCAGGCAAUGAUACUAGCGAGCAACUGGUGGGGAGAACAGAGCCUUCAUUGGCUUCUAUGCUGCACAACACUAAUUUUCAGCCAUAUUCAACCCCGAGUAUCGUGUCGGGCAUUAGCGAGGGCAGCAACAAUCGCUUUUACUUUCGAGUGGGUAGAAAGUUUCUGGAUGCCUACUUUAGCAAUAUUCACUGUAUUCAGCCUAUUUUUGACCAAGAGGAGUUUCUGACUCGUUGUGAGGAUUUAUGGUUUGGCAAGCUUGAGAGGCCGCCUGUUUCGUUUGUCGCCCUAUAUUACGCAACCAUGAGUUUAGGAAGCCUUGUGAUGGUUUGGGACGAAGGAAAAAUAUACGGCGGAGAUCGUUUCUCGUGGAGCCGAAAGCUUUUCAACCAGGCUCUUGGGAUUGUAACGCAGCUGGGAUCGGGGACAGAUUUAGAGAUGGUUCAGUGCUACUAUAUGAUGGGAAAAGUAUGUCAACACGAGCUAAAUCCACAUGGUAUUUAUGGCACCCGAACUGCUUUGGCAAUUGGACUGAACCGCUUGCCUUACGGGAAGCCGUCUGACUCCAUGUCGUCUACUGCAGCAGCGAAGACGUGGUGGGCCGUUUAUUGGCUUGAUAUACAGACGAGCUUUGCACUUGGUAGGCCGGACAGUUUAGGCCCCGAUGAAUAUCACACCCAGGAUAUUCCGGGAACUUUGGGGCCUUUCGAGGGAGACCAUGCUACGAGCAGUCUCCAUGUGCUACAGGUUGUUCCAUGCAUGGUAAAGCUGGCAAGAAUCAUGCGAAAAGUCAGCCUUAGACUGUACAGUCUACCCUGUCCCUUGAGGGAAGAGCUCUCUCGGGCAACAGAGUUGGACGCGCAGCUGGACUGCUGGUUCCAAUCAAUUCCUUGCCAUUUGAAGCCGGAGAACACGACUGCUCAGGUAUCACCCCUGAAGCGCACAGGGACAGCAGGUUUUGUCAAGAAGCAAUCGGUCGUGUUGAUGACACGCUACUACAAUCUUCGGAUGAUAAUAUUUGGCAAGUCCUUGGCAGUAACCGAGGGAACUGAAGCGGACAUACCGGCAAUCCGUGAAUGUCAACAGAUAUGCAUUGAAUCUGCGGGUCAAGCAAUUGACCUUAUCUAUGAUACGUUUCGAAACUACGACUUCUUCCAAACAUGGUGGUAUAAUUCAACGUAUAUAUUGUUCGCAGUUAGUGUUCUCCUCACGGGCAUUUUCCGCGGUUUUGCGCAGGACAAAAAGGCACUCGAUACGCUUUUCCAAAAGGUUGAUCGUGCAAUUGCAAUUCUGGAUGUUCUGAGCGAGUGUGUGGUGACUAGAAAUGCGACUAUUAUCAUCAAAAGAACGCUCGCUCGGGCAAAGAAAGGUUCAAAAGGAGAGCCUGACGUGCAGCAAAGGUCUUCCACUACACAGGCCCAAAAUGACCGGCAGGGUUCCACAAGUGAUGGAUUUCCCUCGGAUUGUGCAGCCGAUUUUUCCGAGAUAGAUGAUACUAACAUUGAUUGGGCAAAUCUUGAGUUGCCUAUGGAUGACUGCCAGCAAGCUCUGUUUUGGGUUGAAUGGGGGCAUCUUCUGAAUGACUUGGGUGCGUAA